CAAAGUACAACUUCCGGUGUCAUUACAAAUCAUGGCGGAUAAAGAAAAGAAAAAGAAGGAGAGUAUCUUUGACCUGUCAAAGUACAUUGACAAACCAAUACGUGUGAAGUUUCAGGGAGGACGAGAAGCCAGUGGUGUCCUGAAGGGGUUUGAUCCGUUGUUGAAUCUGGUGUUGGAUGGUACUAUCGAAUACAUGCGAGACCCAGAUGACCAGCUGAAGCUGACAGAAGACACAAGGCAGUUGGGACUGGUGGUAUGCAGAGGAACUUCAGUGGUGCUAAUCUGUCCUCAGGAUGGCAUGGAGGCCAUACCUAACCCCUUCAUCCAACAACAGGAUGGCUAAAACAGCUGUUCUUACACACACCUAUGUCGAUUUUAUUUUAUUUUGGAAAACAGUAUUUUAGUUUAAUUAAUUAUGAAAUAGUAAUGUACAUACAACAAAACAGAUUUCUGUUGUUUAGACUCACAUGUUGAUAGUUCUGAUGAACAUUUGAAAAGGACUUUGUGCUAUGUGGAUUUGGUAAUGUUUUGAUUUGGAAAAAGCCUACAUUUUGGAUGGUGUUAACAUUACCGUUUUCUUUUUACCCAGAAUCAAUGGACUUUAUACUGUUUUGUUUUUGAUAAGAAAAUUGAAACACAUUUCUGCUGUCUCUUUAAUUACAUGAGCCAUAUUGCUCACUUUGGAUUUUAGAUAUCAGGCUAUCGACCGCUAGAUGGCAGCAUUUCACAUAUUGUAUUUCUCCAAAAGUUUUUGCUGGUUGCGCAAGUUUAGGGCAGAGUAACGAUUAUUGUCGUUGUCUUAAUUAAAUCAGUCAAUGUCAAAAAUUACUAAAACCGUCAAAAAUCCUAAAGCAUUCAUUUCAUGUUUUAAAUUCAUAAAUGAUAAAUGAUUGAUCUACUACCGCAGUUAAUGUAAUUGCUCAAGUAAUCAAACGAUUAACCAUUGCAGCGUUACAAAAGCAAGAGUCAGGUGUUGCUUUCUCCUGUUGCCUGAGUAAAGAUGUUUGCAGCUGAGAGGGAGCAAGGCUUUGAUUGUAAUCCUUUAGUCUAUAUAUGAAGAUAAACGGAGUUAGUCCUGUGUGUAGAGAUAAGUCAUUCAAGCCUGUCUGCACACUGACAAAGACACGUUUGUGACAUAAACUACACUGGGUUGGGAAAUGCUUUAGAUAGGGUUGGUGGGAUGAAUUAAACUGAUUUGUCUUUGUUAAGAUUGAUCCUUUGGGUGUGUGGUGGGGUUUGAAUAUACUACCUCUGAAGCA